AUGGAGCAACCCGGAGCGGCCAAAGGCUGUCACCCUGAACUUGUCAAGUGGCUGCUUGAACAUUUUUACGUUUGUGAAGGCUGGAGCAUUCCUCGUGGUCUCAUUUAUCAGUUUUACCUGGAAUAUUGUAACCACAAUAGAUUAACUCCAAUAAAUGCAGCUACUUUUGGGAAGCUUGUUCGUUCAGUGUUUAGCGAUCUGAGAACUAGGCGACUGGGUACAAGAGGGUGUGCAAGAUAUCAUUAUGAAGGAAUACGUGUGAGACCACAUUCUCAUCUGUAUGGUCGAUAUUCAUCUCUGAUGACCAAUAAACAAUUUGAAAGUUUAGAUUUUUCUAGCUUGGAAAGAGAAAGUUUCUUCACUGUCAAUAACAAGUGCAGAAAGACAGAAAAAAAUUCUGGCUCUACGUGCGAAUUAACUCGGUUUACCUCCUGGGAACAAGAACUGGAAAAAAAAUAUUCUACUCAAAUGUUUGCUGUAGUUGCAGAUUUAUAUUAUAACCACUGCCAAGAAAUCCUGCAGCAUAUUAGAAGCAACGAACUUGACAAGGUCAGAAGUCUCCUUUUGUUGUUCUGGGAGUCAUUCACAUACAAUGCUAUUGCUACAUCUUUCCCAGAUAUAUGCCAGCUUUUCUGCUCUUAUGAUGCACAACUGUACAAGAUGAUAGAAGAAAUUCUUCUCCGUGAUUUUCUUGGUGACUUUUCUGUGCAGCAUCUUCAGAGUGCCAGAUACUUUGCCAAAAAGUUUAAAAGUUGGCUAAUUGAAGCACUGGAGGGCAUACCUUUGCUACUACAAUCAAUGAAAAUGAGAGCAGCAAAUAUGUUUGUCAAUAGACUGAGAAGAAGAACUUGUAUUUGUAAUCUAGCAAAGAGCAUGCAUAUAGUUUUGAAUAAUCAUAGAAUGAUCAGCACCCUAAGAACUGACCUGCGUGCUAUUAUAAGUCAGGGACUGUUGAAUAUCCCCAGCAAAUCCACAAAAACAUUCAAUUGUUCACUGGAAGAAAUAGGCUGUAGUUUUGAAUGGAAAUCCACCUGCGGACUCACCUUGAGACUGGAAGAGAGUCAUCCACGUCUGCAAGGGACCACCAAUGAUGAUGAUGAUGAUGAUGAUGAUGAGGCAGGUUUUGAUAGUUUGCUAGCUUUGCUGGAUACUGCAGCAGAUAUUAGAGCUUACUUUCAGUGUGUGUCAACCCUUGUGCAUCUUUUUGUGUUUCAGCCCAGCAACUUCAGAGGAGAAGAGUUCACACAACUAGCAGCAAAUUUCCAAUUGAGAUGGAACUACUUCCUGUCUGCAAUAAGUCGUGCUUUAACACUGUCAAAUGCAGAAUCAUUUGGAUCUUGGCACUUGGUGAAUCUUCUAAUUUCUGAGUACUUAACUCAUGUACUUCAAUCCUACAUGGAAGAGGAAAUGGAAAAAUCAGUAUCAGAAAGCAUGGAUCAACUUCCACGUGAUACAAUUCAGGAACCAGACUUAGAAACCGUUCUCAAAAAGUAUUCAGUCCCAUCAGAAUCUCUUAAUGUAAAGUCUGAACAAACAGGUGACAAAGAUCUUAAUCUGCAAAAUAUCACCAUCAAACCUUUGGGCUUUAAAGUUGAUACAUUGACUGGCAACAAGUUAAUUCAGGUGUUGGUUGAAGAUGAGCCAAGUAAGAGUACUCUCAAACUGAAUCUGUCAUUAGGGAAGAAAGCAGUUGUUACCUUAAAGAAUGGCCAGACAUUUGAAAUCCACACUUCCAAGAUGCAGCAACAUGUAGCUGGUGAUGUGCAAACAUAA